AUGGAACGGAACAAGAUCGGAGCAAUAUUUCUAUACAGUGACAUUCACAUCUUCUCUUUUCCUUUCUUUUCUUGCUCUUUCUCUCUUUUUACUACCUUACGUCUACCGUGUAUCUCCCACGCUUUCUUCUUUUAUCGUAUCUCUAUCUCUCUUUCAUUCUUCUACAUUCUCUCUAUUUCUUCAACCUUCUCUCUUUUACUUUCUUCUUUCUUUAUUCUCACGACCAUUUCUCUUUUUCUGACGUCUUUCUCUCUCACUUCCUUUCGUCUACCGUCUAUCUCUCACACUUUCUUCUUCUUUUUAUUUAUAUAUAUAUAUAUAUAUAUAUAUAUAUAUAUCUUCCUUUCUUCUAUAUUCUAUCUAUUUGUUCUACCUUCUCUUUCUCUCUUUUACUUUCUUCUUUCUUUAUUCUCACGACCAUUUCUCUUUUUCUGUCGUCUUUCUCUCUCACUUCCUUUCGUCUACCGUCUAUCUCUCACACUUUCUUCUUUUAUCGUAUAUAUAUAUAUAUAUAUAUAUAUAUAUAUAUAUAUAUAUAUCUUCCUUUCUUCUAUAUUAUCUAUUUAUUUCUUCUUUCUUUUUUUAUUCUCACGACCAUCACUUCCUUAUAUAUAUAUAUAUAUAUAUAUAUAUUUAUAUAUAUAUAUCUUCUUCUAUAUUCUAUCUAUUUUUUACUUUUUCUUUUCUUUCUUUAUUCUCACGACCAUUUCUCUUUUUUCUGUCGUCUUUCUCUCUCACUUCCUUUCGUCUACCGUCUAUCUCUCACACUUUCUUCUUUUAUCGUAUCUCUCUCUCUCUCUCUCUCUCUCUCUCUCUUCCUUUCUUCUAUAUUCUAUCUAUUUGUUCUACCUUCUUUUUCUCUCUUUUACUUUCUUUUCUUGUUCUUUCUUUAUUCUCAGGUCCAUUUCUCUUUGUCUGCCGUCUUUCACCUCCCAUUUCCUUUCGUCUACCGUCUAUCUCUCACACCUCCUUCUUUUAUCUUAUCUCUCUCUCUUUUUCUUCCAUUCUUCCACCUUCCCUCUAUUUCUUAUGCCUUCUCUCUCUCUCUCUCUCUCUCUCUCUCUCUUUCCUUUACUUUCUUUUCUUGUUCUUUUUCUAUUAUUCCGCACUUUUCUCUUUUCCCGUAGUCUUUCUCCCCUACUUCCUUUCAACUACCGUCUAUCUCUCACACUUUCUUCUUUUAACGUAUCUCUCUUUUCCAUUCUCCUACCUUCUCUCUAUUUCUUCUACCUUUUCUCUCUCUCUCUCUCUUUCUCUCUCUCUCUAUUUUCUUUUCUUGUUUUUUUUCUUUAUUCUCACUUCCGUUUCUCUUUUUCUGUCGUCAUUCCCUCCCACUUCCUUUCUUCUAACGUCCCCCCUCCUUUCUAUUCUUCUACAUUCUGUCCCUCAUUCUUUCCCUUACCAUCUCUCUCCAACUAUUCCUCUUCUGCCCUGACUUUAUCAUAG